AGGCCUUCACCAUCAUGGACCAGAACCGGGACGGCUUCAUCGACAAGAACGACCUGAGGGACACGUUCGCCGCCCUGGGCCGCGUGAACGUGAAGAACGAGGAGAUAGAUGACAUGAUCAAGGAGGCGCCCGGCCCCAUCAACUUCACCGUGUUCCUCACCAUGUUCGGGGAGAAGCUCAAGGGGGCAGACCCCGAGGAGACCAUCCUCAACGCGUUCAAGGUGUUCGACCCCGAGGGCAAGGGGGUGCUGAAGGCCGACUACGUCCGGGAGAUGCUGACCACGCAGGCCGAGAGGUUCUCCAAGGAGGAGAUCGACCAGAUGUUCGCCGCCUUCCCCCCCGACGUGACGGGCAACCUGGACUACAAGAACCUGGUCCACAUCAUCACCCACGGCGAGGAGAAGGACUGAGCCCGCGCCCCCCCCAUGCCCCCGUAACCCAGCCCCCACCCGCCCUCUGCACCCUCACCCUGCGCAGGCGGGGCUGAUGCAAAUAAACACGGUGGUC